AUGCCUCACUUGUCGCUGUUUGAUCCAAUAAUUUUGCACUUCGUUAGUUCUUCUGAGUUAGUUGAGAAGGUUGUCACGAGUAAAAUCAUCCGAAAUUCGGGUGUAUCUCUUAGAAUACGCCCUCUAUCUUCAUCUGACUAUGGUUAUGUUGUUUUGUUAAAACAGUUAACUACAGUAGGCGAUAUAUCAAAGGCCAAAUUUGAUGAGAGAUUUUCUCAGAUGAUCUCUUGUCCAGGUACUUACUUCAUUAUAGUUUUAGAGGACGAAAGAACUGGACGUCUAAUUGGCGCUGCAACUCUUCUUGUUGAAUUGAAGUUUAUUCAUACCUGUUCCAAGAGAGGUCAUAUUGAAGAUGUUGUAGUUGAUUCUGAAUUUCGUGGAAUGAAUUUAGGAAAACUGCUUGUUGAUACGCUUGUUCGCAUUGGUAAACACAUAGGUUGUUAUAAAAUCUCACUUGACUGCAAUGAUCAAAACAUAGGAUUUUACGAAAAGUGGGCUUUCAUCGUGAAAAUCAUAUUAUGUUUAUGCGAUUCAAUGAGGAUUGAAGUUGCAAUUUUAUUGAAGGAAAAAUUCUGUCUAAAUGA